AUGGAUUUUAAUUUGAAUGAGUAUCCAUCUAAUGAUGUUGGCGAUGAAGAUGAAGUAUUGUCAAGGAAGGAAGCAUUUGUUGAUGAAAAUAAUGUUGAAAAUAGAAAUGAAGAUUGUGAUGAUAAUUCAGAUGUUGGAGACGGAGAUAAGGAUCAAAGCCUUGAAGAAGUUGAGGAAAAUGUUGAAGAUGAGCAACAUGAUGAGCAUGAUUGUGCCAAUUUUGUCGAUCUACUUAAUAGGAUUGAUGUACUUGAGAUGGUAUUAGAGGUUGGAAAAUCUGUGAAUGAUCCCGAAGAAGCUCAUAUUUUAUAUUGCGAGUAUGCAAGACUGAAGGGGUUUAGUGUGACAAGAGAUAACAAAGGUUACUUUAAUCAUACUAAAAUAUGUAGUUUCCAAACAUUUCUUUGCUGUUGCCAUGGUAAGAGUGAAACGAAGACAUCAUUGGAUAGAGGGAUGGCUACUUACAAGAAGCAAGAUCGAAAGACCAUGUGUAAGGCAAAGCUAAGGGUGUCACGCAGACGUAAUCAGCCAUGGAAAGUGAGUUCUUGGUACAGAGAGCACAAUCAUGAAUUAUUCCCCUCUGACCAGUCGUAUUUGUUACGCUCAGCCCGUUCUUUGUCUAAAUGUAAGAAACUUUUGAUAGAAGCAAUGAAUUCAGCAGGCAUUGGCAUCUCUCGGGCGUGUGCAUUCAUUGAGAAGGAGUCAGGCUGGCCACAAAAUUGUGGUUUUACACGGAAGGAUGCUUAUAAUCACAUUAAUGGCAUAAAGAUGAAGACAAAAGUGGAAAACUGUGAUGCGACUAGCCUUAUUCAAUAUUUCAGUAAGAUGUCGAAUAGUGAGGCAUUCUUUUAUUUUGACUUUCAAGUAGAUGAUGAAGGGCGACUUAUGAAUUUUUUCUUCAGAGACUCUCGCAGCAAUUUGGACUACGAUUAUUUCGGAGAUGUGUUGUCUGUAGAUAGUACGUAUCGGACCAACAGAUACAAGCUUGUUUGUGUUCCUUUUGUUGGUGUGAACCAUCAUUUGAAGAAUGUUAUGUUUGGAAUUGGUUUCCUAUCUGAUGAAACCACCCGAUCUUACGAAUGGUUACUUUCCACUUUCUUGAAGUCUAUGCAUUCGAAACAACCGGACAUAAUUUUUACGGAUCAAUGCCAAUCGCUUAUGAAUGCAAUUGAUUCCGUAUUCCCGAGCGCUAGUCAUCGUCUAUGUCAGUGGCAUAUCAACCAAAACGCGCCAUCGCAUUUUGGGAAGUUGAAUGGGAAUUCAUUCUUAAAAAAAGCUUGGUUUCAUUGUAUGAAUGGAUGUGACACUGAGGAUGAAUUUGAAGUAACGUGGAUGUGUAUGAUUGAUGAAUACGGGCUUGACGAGAAUAGAUGGUUUACUACCAUGUACGGGUAG